AUGAGUGAUGUUGAGGCUGUCUCACUGCCUGCUACCCUGGAUGUUGGGACCAACACGCUCGCUGCCUGCCUGUUUCACGGCGCGCGAGUUUGGGUUCCAAUCCGGGGGGGAUCAGAUGAUGAUGAACAGGGUCCGCCAAGUCCCAAGGCUGAUUCAGAGGCGGAAACCAUCAUUCAGUCCGGUCGAGAGUCGCUCUCUCCAGAAAAGAAACGAAAACAUAUUCGCCAUGACCCGCUACGACAAGCUGUGGAUCCCGUCGACGGGCUUCAACGGAAAAGACUACGUUUGGAUGGCGAACGGAGGCAUUCCAACUCGAAUUCGCAUUCGCAUUCACGGUCGCCGAGCCCAUCCGAACGAGCGGGUUCGCCCCCCUCGGUAGUAAAGAUUGAGAGGACAGAGGAUCUGUCUUCAGUACCGAGGAAUGUUUUGGAUGAAACCUGUGUUAAUCAGUCCGACAAACCACGAAUCUACCGCAAGAGGAGCUUUAGUGAUGUGGACGAAAAGGGUGAGCGUCGUCGGGGUUCACACAUUGAUCUUAAACAUGCGCACAAUAUACACCUCCCCCAUCCACCUGAUACUCGCUCGCUCUCCCCGAGCCGCCCUUCCCAUCAACGGUCUUCAUCAGGACCUCAUAUAUCCUCCAAAAUCAGAGGCUUUGCGCCUAUCCCAUCAAGCUUCCCGCGACCUCCCUCAGAGGAUCGACAAUCAACAUCGUCCUCCACGGGUAGCUCGCCUUUACCAAAUGCUUCGUUGCGUCGGCUGGGAUCCGGGGUUGGCGCAUCAGCCUCUCCUGCGAAGCAAAUGGGACCUAAGAAGUUACGUGAUAAAAGUGGUCGAACUCCUCUCGCCAGGGCAUGUGCCGAUCGAAAAUAUGAUCAAGUGGUUUUCCGUCACCGUGAACGUCCAGAAGAUCUGAAUGUCCCCGAUAAUGCCGGCAACACUCCGCUACAAAUCGCAUCUCUCAACGGUGAAGCUUCAAUCGUCAAAUUCCUGCUGGACUCAGGCUGUGAGAUCAACACCAAAAAUAUUGAUAAAGAUACACCUUUGAUCGACGCGGUAGAAAAUGGUCACGUGGACGUGGUCAAGCUCUUGCUCGAAGCCGGGGCGAACCCGCGAACCGUCAAUGCUUCUGGAGAUGAGCCAUAUGAAUUGGUAUCAACCGAUUUGAAUGAUGAUGAAUACGAAGAGAUUAAGAAAGCGCUUUCCGAUGCCAAGGCCAGUGCACGACCCGGUCGACGAUCAGAAGAACGAGUCGGUUCAGAAAGCAAGCCCCCUUCGUCUCGACGGGCAUCUGCUGCCAGUCAAUCCCGAAGUCCGCCUCCUACUGGAGCUGCUGCGAGUCGCCGAAAGACGGGCCGGAGUGAGGCGACUAGAAAUGAUCUGUUGUGGACCCAACCAACUCCAGAGAACUUGAUGAAUUUUGCGGCAAAGGGUGAUGAAAUGGGAGUGGUGAGCAUCCUCAAUGUGCUGCAGAAGGCUGACAAUGCGUCCUUGAUCGCUGCGGCCAAGGGAGGCCACCAUGACGUGCUAUCCUUGAUGUAUGCCAUGGGAAAUGCAGAUGCUGACCCUAAUCCUUUUCGUGGCGCCGGCCUCAAGGCUGGUUAUAAUACUCCAAUGCUCGCUGCCAUCGGGAGAGGCAACACCUCCGUUAUAAAUCUUAUACUCAGCCAACCAGGCUUCAACCCUACCCGCCGCCUAUUCGAAGACCGAACCUACUUUGAACUCUCCCGAUCCCGACAAGGCGAAAACUGGGAGGAUGAAUAUGAUAUACUGAAGUCUGCCUACGAGAAAUAUUCAGGCAGCAAAGGCCGCAAAGUUGUUACCUCCCCUCGCCAGUCACGUAAAGAGAAGGACGAGAAAAGAUCUGUUCGACGCGAGUCUUCUUCCCCCAUGGCUCGCCCCAAGAAGCUUAACGACAGUCCGACCAGCAAACCCUCGCGUCUGCCCAAGGAUAUGGAUUCUAUGAAGGUUAUCAAGGAGAAGCGACGUGAGAAGGAGAGGACGGGGUUGAUUAGCGCUCGUGCCAAGUUGAACCGAGAUGCUCAGGAGAAGCAGGCUCUUGCCAAUUCUGAUCAUGAUACCCAGCCCGACUCCGCAAAGCCCAAAUCUACAGCCUCGGCGCGCAGAGACAGCGAAUCCAGUGGAGUUAAUCGUCCGGAUGAGGUUCGUAAACGUCGUUUAAUUGCAGGACGACGCCCUCAGGACCAAGAUCGCCGCCCCAGCCUCUUUUCGUCUGAUUCUCUUUCUGGUCGUGAGGAAGCUCUAAAAUCUCGUGAUACCGCCCCCGAUGCCAACGUCUCUCUCAAGCGUAUCCGCAACGACAAUUCUCCAGAGCGAUCUCGCUCGCGUGGUGCCGAUAGUGAUCGCUUAUCCCCCGAGUCUCGAAAGAAACGACGUGUCCUUGCUGAUGACAAGCUAUCUAAUGUUUCAAACGGCCAUCAUCGAAAACCCGGAGACGUCCUUGAUGGCGACAAACCCAAGCCUCGCCGACCUCGUGAAGAUACUACGAAUACCGAUGCCCCAGUACGUAAAUCGGGCGAAUCUAAGAAAUCAGAUCCCUUGUCCCAGUCGUCCGCGCACCCAGAUCCACCUGUCAAGAAAACCAGCGAUGUCAAAAUGGAGCCAUUGGAGUCCGUUGAAACCUCAAUGGCAGAUGUUGCUGCGGUUGAGAAGGAGAAGGAGAAGCGGGCACAAGCUGAGGCAGAGAAACGACGCGAGGCUAAAGCUAAAGAGGCCGAGAAAGAACGAGCGGCUGAAGAAAAGCGCAUUUCAGACGAGAAGAAGCGUAUUGCAGAUGACAAGCGUAUUGCAGAAGAGAAGCGCAUCGCAGACGAGAAGAAGCGCAUCGCAGAUGAAAAACGCAUUGCAGAGGAGAAGCGUAUCUCAGAAGAGAAGCGUAUUUCAGAAGAAAAGCGCAUUGCAGAAGAAGCUGAACGAGAGCGUCUUGCAAAGGAGGAAGCAGAGCGAGCUGCCAAAGCUGCUCGUGAGAAGGCCGACGAGGAUGAGCGCAAGCGUAAAGAAGCCGAACAGCGCCGAGUUAAACAGGCUGAAGAUGAACGUCAGAAGAGGCUUGAGCAGGAACGAUCUCGCAUUGCCAAGCUCCGCCGUGACCAAGAGGCCCAGGAGCAGCGUCGUCGUGAUGCUCUUCCAGGUCGCCUUCGCAUUGCUGCCAAUCUGGUUGGCUCCAAUGACUCCUAUGCCAAGAGCCGGGAGUGGCUUUCAAAAUUCACGCCUCUUGUCUCUGUGUUCACUCGCCAGCUCGAGCCCACCUGCGCUGCGGAUAUGGCGGAAGAACGAUGGAUUCCGAAUUACUUGGUUGCACCUCUGCUAGCUACGAAUGAUCUCCAAUUAUCGCAGUACGCUAGCUGGGAGAAACGCAAAGCUACUCCGACCCAGCGUAACAACCUCUGGCGAUGCACACGCCGUCACUUGGUGGCCACAGAUGACCCCAAGUACCGCGAUGCCUCGUUUGGGGAAAUCAUGCAGCUGGAUUCUGAGACUGAGCCCAAGUAUUUUGGCAUGGAGCAUGUGUUCUGGAUCAGGCUUUCUGAUUUCAUGGACCUCGUUCCUCACAUUCCUCAUCUACACAGCCUCAAACUCGAUGACUUCUUGACAAUGCACAUCGAUCCGGAGCCUUCUGCUACUACUGCAGAGGUUCCUCCUCACCUCAACGGUCACUUCUCGACAGUCUUCGCUGAAACCAAUGGCAGCGGAAUCCCCAAUGGUCAUGGCUAUCCACCUCGACCCGGUACAUAUUACUAG